CUUUGGAGAUGUUUCAGAAAGACUAUUUGCCCCAAAAGAGGGGCCCCCUUCCCAGCGGCUGAGACAAGGAUGAAGGCACGGAUUACACGACCCGAAGGAGAAAUUACCAACUGAUCACCAGAGAGGAAAAAAAAUAAUUGCAGUUUUUAGCGAGUGGGAUUUUGCAGUCUUCAUACAUAUGGCUGCAGAAAGAUCAAGCGGUGAGGGAGCUUUGCAAAACUCUGCAAGAAGAGACAGAAAACAGGGAAGGCGGAGAAGACCCAGGGAUCAGGAUCCAGACGUUCGCCUGUCCAAAGUGCUCUCGUAUGCUUUGCGCCACGGGGCAGACCAGCUGGGCCUCCACAUGAGCUCUGAUGGCUUUGUCGAUGUGGUGGAGAUUCUUCACUUGCCCCAGUUUAAGGGCUGGUCCGAGGAGGAUGUGCAGCGUGUUGUGGAGACAAAUGAAAAACAGCGCUUUGCUCUGGGCCGACACCCAUCCAGUGGACGCCUCCAGAUCCGUGCUAAUCAAGGGCACUCACUACAGGUUCCUGAGUUGGAGCUGACUCUGCUGCAGACCCUACAGGAUUUUCCAGAGACUGUGGCUCAUGGCACACUUCUGCGCAACUGGCCAGCCAUUCGUCAGAACGGCCUGUCCCGGAUGGGGAGAACGCACAUCCAUUUAGCCCCUGGAUUGCCAGGCCAGGGGGCCAUCCUAAGUGGAAUGAGAAACAGUUCUGAAGUGGCCAUAAUCAUUGAUAUUUCCAAGGCUCUGGCUGAUGGAAUCUCUUUCUUUCGCUCGGCUAACGGAGUCAUCCUUACCCCCGGCGACGCGGACGGGCUGCUGCUUCCCCGCUACUUCUGCAGGGCACUGCAGCUUCAGCCUCUGCGUAAGUUUGCAGCUGCUUCCACCUCAGGCCCAGCCCAGGGUUCUGAACAUUCAAGACGGGGGCGGAGGAAACCACCAGGGUUUCAACGCUGCCCGCUGCCUCUUGAGUGA